AUGAUGGUGGCAAGAUUGCGGCCCAGUGUUGUCACCUUCGCCGCUUGCAUCAGUGCUUGCGCGCGGGCCACACAGUUUCAAGAAGCACUGCAGACCUUCCAACGUGCCCAGGAGGCCGUCUCCUUGAACCUGGUGAUUUUUAACAUCGCCAUCAACGCGUGCGAGAAGGUGUCGCAAUGGCAGCAGGCAUUGGUGUGGCUCAAUGAGGCUGCGACCGAACAUCUUCAAUUGGAUGCGGUAACCUUCACUUCAGUGGCCAGUUGCUGCUUGCCGAAUAGGUGGUCGCUGGCUCGCUACUUGGUGGAUCAGAUGAGAUCCAAGCAGCUCCUCCCAGAUUUGAUUGCACACAAUACUGGCGUGCGAGCCGGCCAAUCCAAUGAUUGGAGGCAAAGCAUUGGUCAGUUAGAGCUCCUCGGAGAAUCCAAGCUGGAGGCAGACAUUGUGACAUACAACGUCAUCCUAUUGGGAUGCUACUCUGGUGGCUGGGAGAGUUCCCUGCAAGUCCUGAGUGAGCUGAAGAGGUCGACUCUGGUUCCAGACAUUUGCUCUCACAACACUGCCAUCACUGGCUUGGACCAUCAUCAGCAAUGGCGUGCAGCUUUGAACCAACUCAAUGUCGCAGACGAAUGCAACAUUCCUGACGUGCAGACGUACAGCGCAGCAAUGGUGAGCUGCGCGACUGGUGAAGAAUGGCAAGCGGCAGUGAUGUUGCUGGAGAAAUCCACGGAGCACACUCUCCGCAACACUGUGAUGAUAAAUUCUUGCCUGACAGCCUGCGAAAGAGCGACCGCUUGGGAAGCCGCUGUGUUGUUGCUGGUCGGUCAGCAAAGUGAGUUGGUCGGUUUGGAUGUGAUCUCUCUCAAUGUCGCGAUAAGUGCAUGUGCUGCUGCAUCUGAAUGGCAAAUUGCUUUGGAUCUCCUCACUUCGAUGAGUAGCAGACGGCUUCAGAGGAAUUCGAUCUCGUUCAAUUCCACCAUGAAAGUUUCUGAGAAGAACCAGAGGUGGCAGUUUGCCCUCGUCUUGCUUCGGCUUGCUGAUGAUUCAGCUUGUUUGGGGGAAGCCACCUACAGUGCCGCAGUGCCAACCAUGGGAUCAGACUGGCAACUUGCCAUGCUUUUGAUUAAGCAGAUGGAGAACAGACGGCUUCAGGCAGAUCAGAUGGCUGUCACUGCGAUGAUCGCCGCUUGCGGACAGGGAAAUGAAUGGGAGAAUGCGUUGCAACUGUUUGCAGAGAUGAGUGCGAUGGUAAAGCCAGAUGUGAUCAUGCUCAAUGCCGCCAUUGGGGCCUGUGAGAGAGCCACUGAAUGGCAAGAAGCACUGGGCCUUCUGGAUGGAUCUCAACAAGUCUUCCCUGAUAUCGUCACUUACAACACCUUGAUGAGUGCUUUGGGCAAAGCUUCGCUAUGGCAGCUGGUGCUUCAGCUCAUGCAGCAGAUCUCGCGGCAGCGCUUGGAACUGGACAUGUUUUCCCACAACACUGCCAUCAGUGCAUGUGAGAAAUCCUCCAAUUGGCAGCGAGCAAUGAAUCUUCUGAGCCAAGCCUUGGCGCUGGGGCGUGGGCAGAUGGACAUUAUUUCCUGCAAUGCUGCCAUCAGCGUAUGUGAAAAAGCCUCUGAAUGGCAGCAAGCACUGACGAUCUUGAAGUUUUUACGAUCCCAACUGGCUCAGAUCAAUGUAAUCACAUGUAAUGCGCUGAUCAGUGCAUGUGAAAAGGCUACGCAGUGGCGAAGGGCCUUGGCUUUGCUGGGGCAGAUGGAUUUCUUCUACAUAAGGCCGAACGUGUGCACUUUCAAUGCCACCCUCAGUGCCUGUGAAAACGCUUCGGCCUGGCAGAAAGCACAAGAGUUGCUGGUGUUGAUGGGGAAGCUGAACGAACAACCAGAUGUGAUCACCUGCAAUGCCUCGAUCAGCACCUAUGGCAAGGCGGCUUUGUGGCAGCUAUCAAUCCAAGCUCUUGCGCAGAUGGAUGCACAGAGGCUUCUUGCUACGGAGGUAACGUACAGCGCAGCUCUGGAUGCCUGUGCCAGAGUUCCGCAGUGGAGAGAGGCCUUACGCUUUGUGAGCCCAAAGUGUGAAGGAACAGAGAUAGAGUCUUCAACUUUGGAUCUUGGAAGCCUAUUGUCAGCCUGUGUGAGGGAGCUUUCUCGGAAGCAACAUCGCCUGGCCUCCUCAACUGAAGAGUGUCAUCGGGAGUUGAAGAGCUUCGAAGCGCAAAAGUUGAGCCGACCGGAGGUUGAGGCUUUGGUGGCUGGCGCGUUGGCAGAUUGGGUGCGAGCUGCGCAAGCAGGGGCCGAUGCCGUCACUGGAGCCAUGCAAAAAAGCCGUAGUGGAGCCGGCUUUGGAACAGAGACGAGCCUUGGAGCAUCGCUGACGGACAGCUACUUCUUGUCCUACGACUUGGGCCGCGAGGCCAGGCGCUUGGAUCGUCAGGGGUAA